AUGGGCAGCCGACCGCGCAGUCCCACCGCCUACCCUGAGGACCCGUGGGACCCGCAGGACGGAGGACCCGGCCCUGCCAAGCGCCGCCGAACCGAGGAGCCCAGGCGCCUGAAGUCCGACGUGGACAAUCUGACAGGAUCUACGGCUGCAGACGCGCUCACAUGCGUAGUGGUUCUGCCCGCUGGCUGUGCCCUGCAUCUGCCCCUGGACAACGUAGAUCUGGUACUGGAGCCCGAGCCCACGUCCGUGCUGCAGGUGGCUCUCGAAGAUUUUAUCCUCACACUGGUCCCCGAGGCUCUCUUGGGCUCGAGGGUGGAAGGCCCGUCGGGACAGGUCCUUGAACGGGCCUCUGUCCUGAGCCCUCCCGGGGAGUACACGGCUCUGGAACCGGGAUUCUGCGCAGCUGUGCCAGAGGUCGCCUGCGAAGAAGAGGCCAACGCGGACGACGCCGACUUGGGCGCUGACUUCCUGUCACCUGGGAUGGAUGUGGCAGGCGACCUCAUCCCUGGGCUCCUCAGCCCAGCCGCCAGGGUGUGGCGCUCCGACGCACAGGGUUUCUUCCCAGAGUUCUGGCCUCGAGCGCCUAACCCUAGUGCAGAGAGACGCUCUUCUCACCACGACGACCACCUGGACGUGCACCUUCUAGAGCCCUUUCCCAACUCACCACUCCAACCUCUACCGCCCUCUCCAAGUCCGAGCCCUCAUGAGCGCCCCCAGCGCCCUCACGGUCCUGCGCGCAAGGCUCGAAGAUGUCUGUUUCCAGAAUGA